UUCACGAAAAUGACGUGCUUUCAUGUACGCACUCCCCCCAAUAUCUCCAUUGAGAAUGAUCGUGAGAGCCACCAUCCCCACCGCCAUAACAACCCUCUCCGUCCUUUCUUCCAUCUCCAAACCCUCAUUUUCCUUUCCCAAAUUACCCUCACCAACACCCUUUAAUUCCUCCUACACGACUGAACGCCCCUCCAUUCUUUUUACCUCCUCAAAAAUGAGCUGGCUCAACAAACUCGGAUUCGGUUUGCGCAACCCCACUGGCUCCCCCGUGGAUUCGUCUUCCGAUUCUUCAAUAGCGCAGGGACCUGACGACGACGUACCUGCUCCAGGUCAAAUGUUCGUGCAAUUCGGGGCGGGUUGCUUCUGGGGCGUGGAAUUGGCCUUUCAGAGGGUGCCGGGUGUUACCAAGACUGAGGCGGGAUACUCGCAGGGGUACUUGCACAAUCCCACCUACCAGGAUGUUUGUUCCGGUACCACGAACCAUUCGGAGGUGGUUCGGGUCCAGUAUGAUCCGAAGGAGUGUAGUUAUGAGACCAUGCUUGAUGUUUUCUGGGCGAGACAUGAUCCUACAACUCGUAAUCGCCAGGGGAAUGAUGUGGGAACUCAAUAUAGAUCUGGAAUUUACUUCUACACACCUGAACAAGAGAAGGAAGCACUUGAGUCAAGGGAUAAACAGCAAAAGCUUUUGAACAGGAAAAUUGUAACUGAGAUUCUGCCUGCCAAGAAAUUUUACAGUGCCGAGGAGUAUCACCAGCAAUAUCUUGAAAAGGGUGGACGGUUUGGUUCUAAACAAUCGGCUGGUAAAGGUUGCAAUGAUCCCAUUCGGUGCUAUGGCUAGAGAGUUUCAUAUUUAUACUGAAUAAUGUAGUUCCAUAUGAAUGGUUGUAAACAAAUUGAGUUUGUGCUUCCUGAAUGAAUAAUUUUUUUUUUCCUUUUUUUUAUAUUUUAUAUUUUAUAUUUUUUUUUUCCCCGACUUUGUUGGAUCUAAGGUACGUGAAAGUUCUUAGGAUGGAUCACUCAUGAUUGUAUUAUUAGUACAAAGAUCUUAUUUUAGAUGGUUACGGUUAUGGGAA